UUGUAAACCUAAAACAAAAAAGUUAAAAUCCAGUGAGGAAGUGGAGUUCAGAGCACUCGGCAGGGGAAACCAGAUCCGCCUCUACACCGGGUCCCUGGUGACGUCAGGACAUGUCGCGCUCUCAUUGGUCGGCCGUGGCUCCUUUAAAACCUCCCUCCGGCUGGAAGCUCUGCAGCCGCAGCGCGACUGAAGGGCUGGAGGCCGCUGCAGGAGGACACCUGGUGCCAAUAAACCACGAACAAUCACAGAAAAAAUCACCUGGCCAGGUAACUCCGCCUCCUGUAACACCUGCAGCUGUUGAUGACAGUCAGCCAUGUCCACUCCGGUGCUCCUCAGCCUUCUUCGAUGCGCUCGCUCCUCCUUCUCCAGACAAACCUUCUCCGCUGUUCGAUCCGCGCAGGAAGCUUCCACGCCGUGCGGACAGGUGAAGCUGCUCUCUGCACAGGUGGGCGGGGCUUUGUUAGGGACGGUGGGCGUUCGGCGGCUCGGCGGCUCCGUCAGGUUUGCUGAUGACGGCAGUGUCCAACCGGUGACCUGGGACUCGUUUGGGAUCUGGGACAACCGGAUAGAAGAACCUGUGUUGCUGCCUUCCAGUAUCAGAUAUGGAGAACCCAUUCCUCAGGUCAGUCUGUCUCGGGUCGGCAGCGCGUCCGUUUUGGGUCUCAGGAAGCAGAAUGAGGACCGCCUCCGGAUCGCCCGUAUCCACGACAACCUGCUGUACUUUGCCGUGUUCGAUGGCCACGGAGGCCCGCACGCCGCCGACUACUGCUACACGUUCAUGGAGAAAUUCAUCAGAGACGCUCUGGAGGAGGACAGUGAUCUGGAACAGGUUUUGCAGAAAGCCUUUUUAGACGCCGACACGGCUCUGCACACACAUCUGAGCUACUUCAACAACGCUUCCUUUCUGACGGCGGGAACCACGGCGACGGUUGCUUUGUUACGUGACGGCGUGGAGCUGGUGGUCGGCAGCGUCGGCGACAGUCGGGCGAUGCUGUGCAGGAAGGGACAAGCUAAGAAGCUGACCAAAGACCACACGCCGGACCGCAAAGACGAGAGGCAACGGAUUCAGAGGUCCGGUGGCUUCCUGUCGUGGAACAGCGUCGGUCAGGCAAAUGUAAACGGACGGCUCGCCAUGACGCGCAGCAUAGGAGACUUCCACCUGAAAUCAAGUGGUGUCAUCGCAGAGCCUGAAACGAAACGAGUCACGGUCCAACACGCCAACGACUCCUUCCUGGCUCUGACCUCAGAUGGGAUCAACUUCCUGCUGAGUGACCAGGAGAUCUGUGAUGUCAUCAACCGGUGCCAUGACCCCACCGAGGCUGCAGAGGUCAUCUCUGAGCAGGCGCUGCAGUACGGCUCGGAGGACAACGCCACCAUCGUCAUCGUCCCGCUGGGAGCCUGGGGCAAACACCAGAGCUCCACCAACAUCUACAGCAUGAGCAGGAGCUUCGCUUCCAGUGGUAGAUGGGCCUAAAAACCAACAACAACACAAAAGAACUGAUUUAUUUCAUCAAAACCCUCCAUAAAACUCAAACCGCCCUCAUGAAGACGUCCACACACACAGAGAAGCCCCGUUAGGUUUUAUCAGUGUAAAUAGAGUGUAAAUUAAUUUAUGUUGUGUAUUUAUAGAAACAUUUACUGCUGUUUGUUCAGGUCAGUACGUUCACUAAAUCAUGUUUUUCAUUCUGGACUAAAAGGUUUUGUUUCUUUAAUUGACAGCAGAUGUUUUCAGACUCA